UUCUAUGUUCCAUGUUUGUUCUUCAUUGCUUGCUUCCACUUUAGUUUGAGUGAGACAUGGAAGACCGAGGUUACACUUUAGAUGGCACAGUGGAUCUUAGUGGACGCCCCGUGCUUUCUUCUUCAACUGGGAAACGGAAAGCUUGCGCUUUCAUUCUUGCUUACCAAGCAUUUGAAAGAUUUGCCUACUUUGGGGUAAGUGCGAAUUUGGUGAUUUAUAUGACAUCAGAACUCCACAAAGACUUGGUAUCAUCAGUGACCGGUGUCAAUUACUGGUCAGGCACUGCAUGGAUAACUCCAGUACUUGGUGCUUACUUAGCAGAUUCUUUCUUAGGUCGCUUCUGGACAAUCACUUUUGCCUUGCUCAUAUAUGCCAUAGGAAUGGGGCUUCUGGUAAUUACUACUUCACUGAGGUGCUUCAGAACAGUGUGUACAAAUGGAAUUUGCAGAGAAGCAUCAUCCUUAAGGCAAACAUUGUUCUAUUUAUCGAUAUACACCAUAGCAAUUGGCAGUGGCGUACUGAAGCCAAAUAUGUCAACUUUUGGUGCUGACCAAUUUGACGACUUCAAACUCAAAGAAAAAGAGCUAAAAGUUUCAUUCUUCAACUGGUGGUCCUUUAACACUUCCUGUGGCACUUUGGCAGCCACUUUGUUUGUUGUGUACAUUCAAGAGAGAUUUGGAUGGGGACUGGGGUAUGGCAUAUCAUCAAUUGGUUUUAUGCUUGCCUCUUUUACCUUCUUUAUGGGCGUCCCAAUAUAUAGGCACAAAUCCAGACAGGGAAAGAGCCAUGCAGAAGAGUUUUUCAGAGUCCCGGUUGUUGCUUUCAGAAAUAGAAAGCUUCAGCUUCCUAGUAGCCCUUCAGAACUGCAUGAGUUGGAGUUGGAACACUACAAUGAUAGUGGAAAACGACAAAUUUAUCACACUCCUCGUUUCAGGUUCUUAGACAAGGCUGCUAUAAAAGAAAGCAAAGAAGGGACCACAAACCCCCCAUGCACAGUGAGUCAAGUAGAGACAAACAAGCUUAUCUUAGGGAUGCUUGUAAUAUGGUUACUAAUCAUAAUUCCAAGCAACUUCUGGGCAGUGGAAGUAACAGUGUUUGUGAAGCAAGGUACAACAAUGGAAAGAAACCUUGGCCCCAACUUCAAAAUACCAGCAGCCUCCCUUUGGAGUUUUGUAGUGGCUACCAUGCUUAUUUGUCUCCCCAUUUAUGAUCACUACUUUGUGCCAUUCAUGCGUAGAAGAACCGGCUACCACAGAGGAAUCAAAAUGCUUCAGAGAAUUGGCAUAGGAGUUGCCAUCCAAGUCAUAGCAGCUGCAGUUAUGUAUGCUGUUGAAAUUCUUAGAAUGAAUGUCAUAAAGAAGAAACACAUAGUUGGAGCUGAAGAAAUAGUUCCUAUGAGCAUAUUCUGGCUCUUGCCUCAGCAUGUUCUACUUGGCUUUGCAAACACAUUCCUUAUGGCUGGAUUGCUAGAAUUCUUCUAUGAUCAGUCACCAGAAGAAAUGAAAGUCCUUGGCACAGCCUUCUACACUAGCACCAUAGCUGCUGGGAAAUAUUCUAACAGUUUGCUAGUGACUGCGAUAGAUAAAUUUACAAGGAAAAUAAGUGGUAAAAGCUGGAUUGGCAACAACCUGAAUGAUUGCCACCUUGAUUACUAUUAUGCUCUUCUUUUUGUGAUUUCUGCGCUUAAUUUUGGGGUCUUUCUGUGGGUGUCAAGUGGAUACGUUUACAAGAAAGAAAGUACAACAAAGGUGAAUGAUAUUGAGAUUUUGAGAGAAAUGCAAACAGAAACACUGGUUGGAAAAGCUUGAGCAUUAGCAUCUGUACCAUCCCCGAUAAAUUUCAAGAUGGUUUUGCUGGGAAGCUUUGGUUGAUAUCUUUGGUCGAACACGUUGAAGGUUGAGGCGAGAAGGGAUACCAAAGGAUCCGGAGUAGGCACUUCCUAAUAUAAAUUACCUCCUUUUCAAAAUAAAUCUGUUAUAGAGGGUUGUAACUGAAAUAAAAUCUUAUUUUUAAUAACCAAAUGUUACGGUAUUAAAACUACCUUAAAAAAUCCUGAUAUUUUUGGGGCCCAUAAGACUCAUUAAUAAGUAAGUAUAAAAUCUUGAACCCUAGAUCUAAGAGGAUGAAUUACACUCUUGAACCCUAGAUAGUACUUUAUUUAUAUAAAUAAAGAUUUGGUUUUAUUAUUACUCCUA